AUGACAGAUCGGGGCUGGCUUCGAACAACUCGCAUCUUCAAAGGCCGUGUGGAUAACCCGCCCACAGCUUCUCAACGCCUGAACGUUGCUCAGCUCCUGCGUAUCCAAAAGAACAAUCCAUCCGCUUUAGAUAAAUUUCUUAAAGGUCUCAUGACUUUAUCGGUCAUACCAGAAUCCGAGGCCCCUCAAUCAGACAGAGAGAAGAAUGUGAUAGACAACGACGCGUUGAGUGAGACGGAAAAAGCUGAAGAGGAUCUAGUGAAUAUGGACAUCCCUUAUAAAGCUGCCUUAAGACCGUCAGCACUAAGGCAAUCUGCUAUGAUUCGAGGAGUCGGUGGAUCCAUACCAUGUACAAAGGAAGAUUUGACGAAACCGGAAGAAGGUACUGCGAAACAAUUCAUGGACAAGAACGGUACGAAAAAGACUCCAAUUUGUAGAACAGAUUAUACAGACACCCAAACGACUUUACGAGUCACUCGCGCACCCUCACUUGGAAAUGGGUACAGCCUCACUGGUCGCCAAGUGGAAGAGACACUUGCCGAAAAAGAGGCAGCCAAUUUAUCCAGGAAUGCUUACACCCCCAAACCCAGGAAUUGCACUCCGACCAGUCAAGAAAGCAUUUCGGCAUCUCAUCCCAUCAAAGGAGCCAAACCAAAAGUAAAAUCAUUUCGUCGCUUCGUCAAUCGUUCAGCUGCUGAACAACAAAGUAAUUCGACAAGUCACUUGGAGUCGAAUGAGUUCUUGGCCGUGCAACCUAUGAAAUCGGACUCUUCUCCACAA